AUGAAGGUCUCUGCAGCCGUUUUUGCUCUUCUCCUCAUUGCAGCCUCUUGCUCCCAAACUUUCUCUGGCCCAGCUGGAUCCGACCUCCGAAUCUGCUGCUUCUCUUACACACACCACAAACUCCCGCAGAGGCUCAUCCUGCGUUAUUACAGCACCAGCACCACUUGCACCCUGCCAGCCAUCGUGUUCAUCACAAAGAAAGGGCGCCAGGUAUGUGCCAAUCCCAGCGACACCUGGGUUCAAAAUUACCUGCAAAAUUUGAAGCAGAACUGA